AUGGUUGCCCAAGCAGACUGUGAUGACAAGACUUCACCAACUGAAAUAAAUUAUUCAAACUCGUGUAAUGAACCUUCGACCUUACGUAAUGAACCUUCGACUUCGUGUAAUGAACCUUCGAACUCAUAUAAUGAACCUUCCACCUCAUAUAAUGAACCUUCCACCUCAUAUAAUGAACCUUCGACGUCAUAUAUUGAAUCUUCGACCUCAUAUAAUGAACCUUCCACCUCAUGUAAUGAACCUUUCACCGCAUAUAAUGAACCCACGACAUCGUUCAAAAAUAUUGAGAUUUCAUUGCCUAUCGAAGAAAGCAAUAAACGAUGUGUAAGAGGUGGACAUGUUGGAAAAAGUUCCAGGACCGGAAAAAUAUUGAAACAAAACUCAGAAACAGAAACAGAUGUAGCUGGCCAAGGGAAAAGACGAAGAGUUAGAACUAGAGGAGGUUCUGCAUCUUCUAUCAAUCACCAGUUAAGAACUGGUCGUGACUUGUGUCAAAUACAUGUACAAAUGCUGUGUACAAAUGCCUAUUGA